GCCGCUCGAGCCUCGGCGGCGUCGUCCCGAUGGUCCGCGCGACCGCGGCCGCGCGCCCGCCGAUGGCCCCUCGCCCCCCCAGCGCCGAGCGUUGUUCGUGUAGUUAGUGACCGGUGCUCGAGAGGAGACCGCCGCCCCUAGCCCCGGACCCCGGACUCCGGCAACCAUGGAUAUCCUGCCGAGCGGCAACAUAUUCCGGGAGCUGCAGGACAUACACGAUACCGGAUACUUUUCGGCCCAGCCUUCCCUCGAGGAUCACUGGCAACAGACAUGCUACGAAAUGGAGAGGUACCUGAAGGACGAGCCGAAGCUGCAGUCGUACAAAAAGCUACCCACGGAGCUGGACACGGCACCGUGGAACCUCUUCAGGGCGCCCCCGAUUUCGUGGACCGCCACCACCGGCUCUGCGACCGCGCAGUUCGAAUCGCCCAUCAAAAUGGAGGUGACGAUGUCGCCGGACGACAGGGACCCCCUUUGCCUGGACGACAUCAAGUUCGGCCCCGGCGAGCACAGCCACAACGGCCGAGACAGGGACCUGCUGGACCGGCACCUGGACUCCCUGUCGAUGUCCUCGGCGAGUUCGGCGUGCUCGGCUCUCUCCUGGGACAGCUCGCCCUCCCUCUCGUGCACCGCCCUCAUCCUCAAGAAGGAGCCCAGCGAGGACCUUGAAGAGGACGAGGAGCACGAGGAGAUCGAAGAAGAGGAGGACAGCGGCUGCGAGGGCGAAGGCCAGAUCCUCACGCCACCCUCGAGUCCGGAAUCGGGCCAAGGCCAUUCCAACUCCAGUCACUCGUCGAGCGGAAGUUCAAUGGUCGACGUGCACAACCUCAACCUCCACGGGGCGGGCGGAAGGAGUGCCAUCGUCAGGGUCACGGCUAGCAGUGCGCAAGGCGUUGCGAGACUAAUCUCGGUGACCGCGAACGACUUCCCUGCGGUGACGGGGGCGCAACACGCGCACCAGGGUGCGCCGGUGGUGCAGUCGGGGGUGGCGAACAGGCACCACCCCCGGAGCCACGAGCACAGUCCGCCCGACACGAAGCGCAGGAUACACAAGUGUCAGUUCCUCGGCUGCAAGAAGGUCUACACGAAAAGCUCCCACCUGAAGGCUCACCAGAGGACGCACACGGGGGAGAAGCCGUACAAGUGCACCUGGGAGGGCUGCGAGUGGCGAUUCGCGCGAUCGGACGAGCUGACUCGCCACUACCGCAAGCACACGGGGGCAAAGCCGUUCAAGUGUAGGUACUGCGACAGGUGCUUCUCCCGCAGCGAUCACCUGGCCCUCCACAUGAAGAGACACGUCUAAUGAGACCGAGUUCCCGGAGGCCGGAGAGGCUCCCGCGAGAGGCCGUCGCGCCGAGGAGGGUCGCGUCGUUGGGGGGCAGGGGAGAGGAACGGGAUGCCCCCGACGACGAUCCGGAUCGCUGCCGUGGACCCCGGGUCUCGAUGGACGCCGAGGAAGAGGCCGGAGGGACCUACGUCGGCCAUGGACUCCAGGGAACUCCGCGUUUCCGGGGUCCACUAGGCCACCUCGAGGACUCGUUCCCCGGGGUCCCCCGACUUCCGAGGGAUGCGGCCGCCCAAUAGAGAGCCUUCCGCAUCCGACUUGCCGUAGGCGUCCAUCACUGCCACUACGUUAGAACCCGCCAUCGGUGGAGCCACCCUGGACCCCACCAGGUCCGUCAUCCGACUCGUCCACAGGGCUCAGGAUGCUGCGUCCCGGUCCAGACCGAGGACCCGAACAAGGGGACGCGGAUCCUGGUCCCCCGGCCGAGUCCCGAGGCCUACGCUCGUCGUUUCUCGGCGGCGACCCUCCGUCCAAGGACCCUGGAGUCCUGGAAAGAGGGGUGGAGGGGGGGGGGAGGAGGGGGCGGAACAAAGGAGAGGAGCCAGCCAGGCAAGCGGAGGAGACGGCCGAGCGAUCCUUCCAAGCGCACUCAUCAAAACUAACUUCUUAAGAAGACUAAUCCCUGACCUUACCUGAGAAAAAAGGAGCGCGAGAGCGACCGAGCGACAGGGGAGACUGCUAGAGGGAGAGAACGAAGCGAAGAGAGAAAGAGAGAGAGAGAGAGAGAGAGCGUGAGGCACCUAAAUUUUAAAUGUUCAGUGGCCAAAUAAAUUAAUUGAUUACGCGCGUAGGCGACCCAACGAUGUAUCUUUAGACUGCGUGAGAGUGCGUGAGAGAGAGAGAGAGAGAGAAAGCGAGAGAGGGAGAGAGAGCGCUAAGUUUGUAUAUCGUGCAAUUCUUUCAGUGUUUCAUUGUUUGUUACCACACGUUCGCAUUAGUUAUCGAGUUUUACGCGACUCUAGAAUAAGCGCGGGGGAGAGCGAGAAAGAUAGGGAGAAGAGAGAUUCAGAUUCGGCACGGAGUGGGCGGAGGUGCGAGUGCGAGGGAGACAGAGGUAUACCGAGCGGCGGGAGAGCGAGGGAGAUGGCGCGAGUGGCCGAGCGAUCAGCGUGGAUGGGACUCGGACAUUUUUCGGGAGGAAAUAUCGAAGAUAUAUAUUAUGUAUAAUAUAUAUAAAAAGAAAGAGAGAGAGAUAGAGCAGAAUGACGUCUCCUUUUGAUAGCCAUAUAUACGGGGAGUAGGCGCCCCUCCCCCGGGGUUCCCGAGGGACACCUGGGACUCCCGGAAGCGGGUCGCGGGGGCCGGGGGCUUCCCACGGAGGAUCCUCCCCGGGAGUCCCGAGGGACUCUCCCCGCGUUCGGCCCCUCUCCCGACCGGCGUUCCCUCCCGCGAAUUUCCGGCAGGAGUCCCGCUUGCGGGGGGGCCGCGCACACCCGCUCGCGCGACAAAGCCGCAGGAAAUUGUCAUUCGUCGCUUCCGGUCGGCUCAGAGAGAGAGAGAGCGAGGGAGAUAGAGAAAGAGAGAGAAGGAGAGCGUUUCGGAGCGCCGAGUCGCUUUCGACCGGCGAGUCCUGCGGGAUGAGCGGGAGGGGGCCUGGAGAAGGGGGAUGGGGGGACGGGGCGCGAUCGUCUUCGAUAUUAACACUCACCUGUAAUUAACUAGAUGGUAAGGACUCACUCUCAGAGAGAGACAACCCCCCCUCCCCCCACUCCGCGCGGAUGUACACACCGAGUUCGGGCGAAGGGGUAGAUAGAGACUAUGGAUAGGUAGAUAGGGUAAGUAGCUAGGUCGAUAGGUAGAUAGGUAGAUGGAUAGAACGUUAGAUAGAUAGACGGAACGAGAUAUGAGAUAGGGAGGCGGCGAUUAAGAGGCGAGGACUUGGCUAGGGAGUAUAAGGUAAAGUCUAACGCGCGAUUUUAAGGAGCUCUAGCGCGCAUCGUUGUACGAGGUAUGAUAAGUAUAAUCUGUGUUUACGAUACUCGCGUACAAUAAGGAUCUCGUGGAGGGAGAGAGAGGGACGGGACGAGAGAGGGUGCCGGGGGAAGGAGGACGCGCGAUUCACCGCGCGGCGCGCACACACACAUGUAUACAUGGGAGACACGCACAAGCGCAUGCGCAGGAGCGGAGGGAGGUACCACCCCCGGGAUACACUUGCACCCGCGCAUUGACGCACUGACACCCCGACACAUAUGGCCGACCGUGUGCUCCGUCCGCACCCCCCGAUGUAACACUCGGGGGCACGCGGGGAUGCAAGCAGGGGCACUCGAGGGCGGGGAGGGGUGCACGGGCCGAGAUGAGAUAUAUUUUUAAAAAGUGACCUUUGGCGACUAAAGACUUGUUGAGGGAGGACAAGGCGAUUAACGGACGAGAAUCAAAAGUCUAGGGGGCGCCACGAGGCGCGAGAUCUGGGGGUGAACGGGGAGCUCGACGGAGGAGCGGCUCAGUGCGCGCCCGACCGCCUCGGAGUGCGGAUCGCCGCGCGCAUGCGCACACUCGAUUGCCACCCGUGCGUGGACGUGGAAUAUAUAAACUCUGGCCUGAUCGCGAAGGAGAGAGGAAGGGGGCUCUAUUUCCCUCUCUAUCUCACAGAUUCUGCGUAAAACCCCCGCACAAGGGAGAUAAUGUCGAAACGACGGCAAGGGAGGGAGAGGAUGGCCCCUUUGUUGGCUCUCGUUCCUUCUCGCUGCCUUCGGAAGGAUGUCAACCGCUGCGUCGAGCAGGAUUUAUGAAUCCCACGUCCGUGCACCUUACACCGCGCGCACGCGCACGGAAACGCCCGCGUACGCGUUCAUUACACAUGCGCAUGCAUUAGGAAACACGUACACACAGACGGACACGUACACCCCAGCGAGUCAGCACGAACCAAAAUGGAAAGACGAGCGAGCGAAAUGCAUUCCACGCGCCAUCGGGGGACGGAAGCGGAGGACGACGUCGGAAUACCGCGAGGCCUAAAAAGGCCGGGGGCGCGGGUCCGAGCGGAGCGCCGCGCCGCCUCCGCGCGCGAGACGUACGCGGAAUUCCGCGUCGGCCCGGAGCAUCCGCGGGGGCGCGGAAUCCGCGGCGUAAAGGGGUCGCGCGGGUUUCCGGGCCCGGAUUCGCCGGCCCGGAAGUCGAGUCAUAGUCACUACGUCAUCGACAACCACGAUUCAUGGUAGGCUAGUGUUUUUAGGGAUUUUAUACAGGCAUGCGACAGCGCGCUCUACGUUCUAGCCACGUUUAAAGAAAAUUAAAAAAAAUCAAUAAAACAAUGUACGAUUAAGGGAUAACGAGGAAAACACACACCCCACACACUAACGUUUCUCCUUGUACGUAAGGGUAGAGUUCUAAGGGGCGAGAGGAGGACGCGCGAAUGGGUGAAUGCGAGACGAAGAAAAGGAGAGAGAGCGAGAGAGAGAUUCGGUAGCCCGAGAAAGUAGGUAGGAAAGAAAACUGUUCUUUUUUUUAUAAGAAAAAGAAAAACAACCCGGAAACGAUGUAGGAAGGGACGCGCGCGGAACGGCCGUGGAGGACGGCCGGCUCGUGAUAGAGAGAACUCUUUUUCCAGAAUUCUGUACCUCGUUGUAUAUCUCCGUAUAUUUGUAUAAUUGUGAAUACGACAUUAGGUGGCGCGUAUGGUGUCGAUUGCGGUGCGACGCAUGCGGGAGCGUUGCCGGCCCUGCGGUUCCGCGGCUGCGGAGAUUUCGUGCGGCCAGGAUGACUAAGGCAUCGGCGAAGCCGUGCCCGAGCAUCCUUCGGGACCAGGACCCUUAUCCCGGGUUUUCGUCCUCCCUCCUCCGCCCACCUGACGACUACUCGAGAUGAAAAUUCCAUUUUCAAGAGAAAAGAAAAAAAUAAAAUAAAUUAAAAAAGGUCCUGAAAAAUCCUAAAUUCAGCGGAUCGCAAGGAUAAGAGGAGGAGGAUAAAAACAGGAGGAAACGGAGCCCUGGUCCCGACGUCCCGACAGGAUCGCCGAGACCGCGAGUGUGUGCGAUAGAGAGAGAGAGAGAACGAGUGCGUGCGUGGAGGUGCGACAGAGAGGAGAGCGGAUGGAGAAAAUCGUUAUCCUUCCGAUUGGUUUUCCUUUUCCUAGAUUUCCUAGACAUCUUCCUAGCGACUUGUAAGCUUGCGGAACCCGCGAGCCGCACCCCCCGCCCCGCCGGGCGAGGGCUCCAUCCGAGGGCAAAUCGCCCCACCGGGGGACCUUUCCCUCCCCCCGUCCUUAAACCGACUACCGAGCGACAGGACAUCGCAAGAUCCCCAGGUGAUCUCCGAAGGAGAUCUCAAAGGACUCGCGAGUCGGUCGUGGAAAGCUUUAAGUGUACCAGGAGCACGUGGGGGACGUCUCCCUCCCCCUUGAGGGGUGGAGGGGGAGCGAAAGAGGGCGAAACCCGGAAUCAAAGCAUGUAAAAAGAGACAGACCCGUCGAGUGAAGGACGGGAGCUGCUCCGAUUCGGCGCUUCUUUUUAUUUUCCUGUAAAUUACAUAUAGUAUUAAUUAUCCAUUAAUCGGGCUGACUGCAGUCGUAUCGUUUUCAUUGUACAAAUUCGCGGGGGGGGGGGGAGGGGGAGCGCCAGAGGCCUGGAGGGUGUAACGAGUAUAAAUGAAUUACUUUGUAACGUUGCGAGAGGCCGGCGCUGGCUAUCGAUAUAAGCACUGUAAACGGCGAGUUAUCGAGAGGAUAUUCGUCCUUCGGCGUUUUCCGCGAGCGGAGUCCGUUCGUCGACGCCGCGGGGGGAGGGGUCGGGCGGAGGCGAAAAUUACUUUUUCCGAGAAUCUCGUUGAAUUCGCAGCAGUUGAAAAUUGUUAUGAAUAUUGCCCUACCGAUGUCGGCUCGGGGGUGGGGAAGUUCUCCCCUGCACAGUGGGUGCGGAAGAGGGGUCCUUGAAUGUCCUUAUCGUCCUGGGCUUGUCGGCCCUGAUGAAUAGCCCGAGCCGGACCCAACGGUGGGGAGAUUAAUGAUUGUUAUUAGGAAAGAAAAAAUUAUUUUCGGAAACGCGGCCGCACGACGCCUCCUUCCUCCUCCCUAUGGGGUGCUCCAGGAAAGGGGGUGAAGUCGCUAUCCGAAGGGAAGAGGGUGGGAUCCUAGGUCGACUCCUUCCGCGAUCGAGCGAGCGGGUCGGUUGUAAAUAAUUAAAACAAAAAAAAAGAAGUAAAUAAAUAAUUAACUAAAGAAGCGGAGCUCUCGUCCCGUUGGGAGGGAGGGUCGACCCCUGGAAGGGGUUGUUGUUGUUGGAGGGGCUAGAUAAAAAGGGAAAGAUUUUUAUUUAUACCAGUAGAGAGAGGGUGCGUAGAGGGGAGGGCUCGAUUUAUCGUUUUCGGGGCUCGGAGGGAGUCAAGGGUCGUUAGCGGAAUAUUUCCACCCCCCUCGUCGGUGACUUCCGCCCGGCGGAACCGUGAUAGCACCGGCCGGUUGUUCGAUCGGCCAUUUUUCCGCCGGGAUGGCUAAACGAGAGAAAACAAUAAUUUUAAGCGAACACCCCUCCGUGACGAGUGCCGGGGCGAAUGAGACGCGAGGGAGGGCGCGAAUAAAAGGGGGCAGGGAGAAGAGGGGAAAUGCGAACGGAGACAAAAAUGGCUUUACGCUUAAAGCUCGAGAGGAUCACCGGGAGGAGACGGAGAGAAGUUCCACCCUUCGGGAGAGGAACCAGGGGAAAGGGCUCGACGAGGCCGCCGCCCUCGCGUCGACGUACCCCCACGAGGAACCACCCCCGAGGAGACUCCGGGGGUCCCGAAGAGAGGGCGCAUCGCGACCGACUUCGGGGUUGGAAACGAGGGUAGCAGGCCGUGUCUUUUCACUUAUAAACUUAAGUACACGCUUCGUGGUGGUUUUUUCAGUGUCCCUGAUUUUUCCACAGCUUUUCCCGCGCACCGAGUCCUCGAAGUCGACCCUGAAAGGUCGACCGCGACAUCUCGCCCCCUCUUCGGGGUUCUUGACUUCAUCCACGGCGUUUCCACGGGGACCCUUCAUUUCUUGCGAGCGCCAUUUUUUUCACAGAACCCCCCCCCCCCCCUGGACGCGCGGCGCCGCCUCGUCGGGACGACUGAGAGACGAAAGAGGGGAAUGGAAAGAGAAAAAAGAAAAUAGAAAAAAGUGUGAUCUUCGAGGGUUGCCAAGAUGGACGCGCGGGACCGCGCUGUAACCUCACAGCGAGGGUGCGCGUGCGUGUAUAUGUGUGCGUGGUCAUGCUUAAGUGUACCGAGUCCCCCCCACCCCAGCCCCCCAGCCUCCGAGAUGUCUUUCGUCCCGAUUUCGGAACCGGGAAUGAGAAAAGGGAAAAAAGAGAGACAAGAAAGCCGGCUCGAAUCCGCCUCGCGGUACCUUUACUCCUCACCUUCGUUCUUCUUUUCUUUCCUCCGACGGUGGCUCUUGUACGGUGGCGUACUCCGAAUAUCGUUAUUUUUUAAGAAAGAGAGAGAGAGAGUGAAAGAGAGAAUAACAAUGCGAGGCGCAGCGGUGCGAGUGUGAGUGAGAGAGAGAGAAAGAGAUAGGAGCGCGCGCGCGCGCGAGAGACCGACCGGCGGACGGGAGUAAUAUUGAAGUAUAUACAUAUAUAUAUAUUUAUUUUCUAAGAUAUAAUAUAUAUAUACAUAUAUUGUCUAUGUAUAUUAAAUUAUGAUAAUGCACAAAAUGUAAUUAUAUGUACAUGUACGAUUAUUAUCUUGCUCUACAUCCGGACGGGAGGAGAAAGAGCCGGUGGGCGAGGGUUACCUCUUCGGGGGGUGUCGAGAGAAGGAGAGGGAUGAUCGAGACAGAGAUGAGCGAGGGAGGACGGGGAGGGGGGCUUGCGGCCGCUGUAACCUCAUCUUUCAUGAAUAGCUUGUAUUUCUGCUCAGUGCAAAAUAAACGUACGUUCCUGUUGAAAAAAAAAAAAAGAAGAAA